CAAUCCCAGCGCCAACACAACAGCUGAUGAUAAAACCGCCUCACCUGCACCACACAGAGACACAUAUGGACAGCAGCAUAGAGAAACAGUGAGAGAAACGACAGGAGGGAAUAUAGAGACAGAGGAGGAACUCGAAGAAUAUUUCUUUGGAUUCUUUUUUACAGGAAAACCUGAGGCUAUUUUUUUCAUUUUAUUUUACCUGGGACAACUGAAGUCCUUACCCUAUCACAGAGCUGAUUUUUUUAAAGCAAAUUUUAUCUGAAAUUUAAGAAAUCUUAUGGUCUGUAGCAGACUUUGGUUAAGGUUUUUAACACAAAAGAAGAAGAAACCAAGAACUAGAGCAGAAGAGAGGAGAGCAGGGAAAAGGCAAACAGAAGGUGAGGGAGGGGGAGGAAGAACGAGGGAGAGAAAGAGAGAGAGAGAGUGUGUGUGUGUGUGUGUGUGUGUGUGUGUGUGUGUGUGUGUGUGUGUGUGUGAGCCUGUGACUACGAGAUGUUCAUGAUCAUUCGGGAGACGUCCGCUGCAGGAGGCGGUGCUGCAACCAUGAGUGUGCCAUCGGAGAGGAGUGCAAAACAGGUGCAGGCCGCCAUCAAGAAGAAGGUGGAGAAGCAGAAGAAGCGAUCCAUCGACCUAGGAACCGCAGACGUUCAGAUCACUUCACCGCUCCCUCCUCACCUUCAAAGGCCGGCGAUGAUGGCAGCAGAAGCUGGGGCCGGGGGGGCUGAGGAGAGUGAGGAGCUGGAGCGGACUCUGGAGGAGAUGAUGGAGGGACCACCGAGGAGAGAGAACGAGAAAGAGGAGGCUGAGGCUGUCGACCUGCUGCCCAUAGUGGACUCUGUGUUUGGACAGGACAGAGAGCUGAGACCAGAGGAGAUUGACGAGCUCCGUGAGGCGUUUUUGGAGUUCGACAGGAACAAAAAAGGUUACAUCAGUCAUAAAGAUCUCGGGGAGUGCAUGAGGACCAUGGGAUACAUGCCGACAGAGAUGGAGCUCAUCGAACUGAGCCAGCAGAUCGGUGGAGGGAAAUUGGACUUUGAGGAUUUUGUGGAGCUGAUGGGACCAAAGAUGUUGGCAGAGACAGCCGACAUGAUCGGAGUCAAGGAACUACGAGACGCAUUCAAAGAGUUUGACUCUAAUGGGGAUGGUCAGAUCAGUUUGACUGAGCUGCGUGAAGCAAUGAAGAAGCUCAUGGGAGAACAAGUGACCAACAGAGAGAUCAACGAGAUUCUUCGAGACGUUGACCUCAACGGAGAUGGUCUGGUGGACUUUGAGGAGUUUGUGCGGAUGAUGUCUCGCUGAAAGGUCCACCUGCUCAUGUUACAGAUGAACAAAGAAAUUGUGAAGCUACUGGAUUUGUGACCACACUACAUCGUAGUGAAUGUUAUUCAUCUGCUCUUAAGAGCAUGUAUCUGGAAAUUAUAUUUUUCAUAUUUUAUAAAGAAAAACAAAUUAAUACAUUUGAACAGACAGUAGCACCCUGCCUAUGACUGACACAAAUAUUCACUUCUGAACUUGGGGUGCUGCAUUAAUAUUUAUUAUUUAAACUUCGGUAAAGCAUAUCGAAAGCUUCAUAGACAACAUUUAUGACUCUGCUUUUAGAUGUAUUUUUAUGUAUCAAUGGUUGCCCUUUCAGUGGAAAAUCUUGUUUCUAAACUGUUAAAUUCUUUUUCUAAUAAAAUAAAUGAACAAAA